AUGGCUGGAAAUUUAUCAGUAACAAUUGUUGCAGCAACGAAACUUAAAGAUAAAGAUACUUUUCAUCGUUCUGAUGAUGCGUAUGUUGAAAUUUAUCUCGAUGAGAAUAAUAAACAACGAACAAAAACUAUUUCACAUGAAACAAAUCCAGUUUGGAAUGAAACAUUUGAAUUUUCUGUCGGACCUGAUCAAGAUCAUUUAUAUGUAAACGUAUAUGAUGAUGAUGGUAGUAAAAAUAGUUAUGAUCCAGCUGCUUCAACAAAUAUUAAAUUAGAUCGUGUUAAGGAAACUGGAGCAGUUGAUGGAUGGCUUGAUCUACCAAAAUAUCUGGGUUUUCGAUCAGCCGGACAAAUUCAUAUGCGCAUGAAUUUUCAAGCUCAAUAA